AUGGGGCUCCUGUGGGUGCUGUGUGUGUCCAUGCUGAUGGCUCCAGCAGUGGUGGUAGAAGCCAUCCCCAUGGAGUCUGCUGCUGGGAGCCACAGCAUGUUCACCUGUGAACCUAUCACCCUGCGCAUGUGUCAGGGGCUGCCCUAUAACUCCACCUUCAUGCCCAAUCUCCUCAACCACUACGACCAGCAGACCGCCGCGCUCGCCAUGGAGCCCUUCCACCCCAUGGUGAACCUGCAGUGUUCGUCAGAACUCAGGAUGUUCCUGUGUGCCCUCUACACUCCGGUGUGUACAGAGUACGGACGCAUGACACUGCCCUGCCGACGGCUGUGCCUGAGAGCCAAGGGAGACUGUUACAAACUCAUGGACAUGUUCGGUGUCACCUGGCCAGAAGAGAUGGAUUGUAACAGGUUCCCAGACUGUGACGAGUCAUACCCCCGUCCUGUAGACCUGCUGUCCAGGUCAGACUCCACAGAGUCGCCCAUCUCCGUCCAGCGCGACUAUGGCUUCUGGUGCCCCCGCGAGCUCAAGAUCGACCCCGACCUGGGCUACACCUUCCUGGGUGUGAGGGACUGCUCGCCCCCCUGCCCCAACAUGUACUUCCAGCGGGACGAGCUGGUCUUCGCCCGCUACUUCAUCGGCGUGGUGUCUAUCGUAUGUCUCUCUGCAACCCUCUUCACCUUCCUCACCUUCCUCAUCGACGUGUCCAGGUUCCGCUACCCGGAGCGGCCAAUCAUCUUCUACGCCGUGUGUUACAUGAUGGUGUCCCUGGUCUUCUUCCUGGGCUUCCUAUUGGAGGACCGGGUGGCGUGCAACGCGGCGAGCCCCGGGCGCUUCCGGGCGUCCACCGUCACCCAGGGCUCCCAUAACAAGGUGUGCACUCUGCUGUUCAUGGUGCUCUACUUCUUCACCAUGGCUGGCAGUGUGUGGUGGGUCAUCCUCACCAUCACCUGGUUCCUGGCUGCCGUGCCUAAGUGGGGCAGCGAGGCCAUUGAGAAGAAGGCCCUGAUCUUCCAUGCCUGUGCCUGGGGCCUGCCCGGCUGUCUGACUGUCACUCUGCUGGCCAUGAACAAGAUCGAAGGGGAUAGUGUUAGCGGGGUGUGUUUUGUGGGGCUGUAUGACCGCACAGCGCUGAGAUGGUUCCUGCUGGUUCCGCUGGGCCUGGAUGUACUGGUGGGGGUGGCGUUGCUGCUAGCGGGCAUCCUGGCGUUGAACCGCGUCCGUAUGGAGAUCCCUCUGGAGAAGGAGAACCAAGACAAGCUGGUGAAGUUUAUGAUCCGUAUCGGGGUGUUCUCUGUGCUCUACCUGGUCCCUCUGCUGACGGUCAUAGCCUGCUACCUGUAUGAGAACAGCUAUAGGACUGUCUGGGAGACUACCUGGGUACAGGAGCGCUGCAGAGAGUACCACAUCCCCUGUCCAUACCAGGUCGAGCAGACCAGCAGACCAAACCUGUCCCUGUUCAUCAUAAAGUACCUGAUGAUGUUGGUAGUAGGGAUCCCUUCGGUGUUCUGGGUGGGCAGCAAGAAGACCUGCUUCGAAUGGGCCAGCUUCUUCCACGGUCAUAGACGCAAAGACGUGGUCAACGAGAGCAGACAGGUACUCCAGGAGCCAGAUUUUGCUCAGCUGCUCCUGCGGGACCCCAACACCCCCAUCGCGAGGAAGUCCAGGGGGACGUCCACGCAGGGCACCUCCACCCACGCUUCCUCCACCCACCUGGCCAUGCUGGACGAGCCCCCCAGCGGGAGCACCAGCCGGGCAAGUAGUGUCCGCAGCGCCCGCAGCAAGAUGAGCAGCUUCCAUGGAAGUCUGCAUAGAUCCAGAGACAGCAGGUACACGGCAUGUAGUUUCCGCGGCGUUGACGAUCGCCUCCCCUAUGGCAGCAUGCCCCGCCUCAACGACCAGUCAGGGUCCAGACACUGCAGCACCAACCGGCUAGACAGCCUAUCAAAGCAUGGCUCCACCCAGCGUCUGGAUAGCCAAUCACGGCACAGCAGCAUCAGGGACCUUAGCAACGUCACCCAGGCCAUUCAGAGCGCCCCCGGCAAUGGAAUCCACAGGGUCCUUGAGGAGGAUGGAGCCACGGCCUGAACUGAGACAUCUCAACGCCUGGCCACAAAACAAAGCUUAGCCUCUACCCUAAAACCCAUGCCAACCUUUUAGCUAAACAAGAAGUGUCUAGGACAUGUGUCCAACUCAUUCCACAGAGGGCCAAGUGUUUGCGGGUUUUUGACUCCACCCUUGUACUUUGUUGAUGAAUUAAGGUCACUAAUUAGUAAGGAACCCCUCACCUGGUUGUCUAAGUCUUAAUUGAAAU